AUGACAACCUUCAUCCCGGCCCUGACCUUACCCCACCAGGUCUUCGAGAAUGCAGCCGCCUCGAUCCUGCUCCCCAUAGCUCUCGGCACGGCCGUCGGCUUCUCUUCGCGGCCCAAGGAUACUAAGAAGACCUAUGCCGCCAUCAAGAACCCUCCCGGCCGCCCUCCCGCGUGGGUGUUUGGUCCGGCAUGGACUCUCCUUUACGGACUAAUGGGCUACUCCGCCUACCGUGCCUUCCACACGGGCCUCUCCCCAACCUCCACCCUCUCCCAAAUCGCCGACACAAAACACGGCGCCACCCUCUACACGAUCCAGCUCGGCCUCAACCUCAUCUGGAUGCCCCUCUUCUUCCUCCUCAAGCGCCCCGUCGCCGCCACCGUCGACAUCCUCGCCCUCCUCGGCAUAAACUCCUACCUCGCCUAUCUCUGGGGCUCCGUCGACGCCGUCGCCGGCGCCUGCCUCGUCCCCUACCUCGGCUGGCUCUCCUUCGCGACCUACCUCUGCGCGGGAGCGGGCUACCUCAACGACUGGGACCUCAAGGGCGCCGAGGCGCGAUACGAGGCCGAGCGGGCUGCCAAGGCUGGGAAGAAGCAGUAG